GCAAGCAUUAAAAACAAUGUUUUACAACUCAUGAGAUGCUAUCCCCCUCUCAAUUAUUGUAAAAUUCGUUUGUAAAGAUAGUAAGUGGAAACUAUUUGACAAAGCAUAUAGACUACAAUUAUAUUGGCAUUAUGAAGGUUUUUUAAUUUAAUUUUAGUCACUGCAAAUGCUAAUUAGAUCUCUAUUUAUUUUUAAGGUUAGCGGGAGUUGCAAAGAUAAAAUCAGUGACCCUUAUUUCUUCAUGUUCCCACUUGCUACUGGUCUGAAAGUUUCAGUUAACAAUGUUGGUGAAUAUCCGGGUGUACAUAACAACAGCAUGCAUAUAAUUGUCACCUCUGGUUGUAAGUUAGAAAUCGUUUGGCUUUCAAGCUCUAUUUGAACUAAUCCCUUUGCACGAAAAAGUCUAUUUACAGGUGGUUUUUCUGCAAUGUCAAGAUAUAAUGCUAUUUUAUAAACAGCAAACAUUUUGUGUGGCUUCAUAGUCAGUCAUUCAGGUUUUUAAACUCGUGUGUAUACUGUCCCACUGCAUUUUUAGAGAAGAGCAUCCAAAACGAUUUGGUCCUAGUCUCCAUUAAUCACUGUUGGCUAUUUUAUAAAGCCGAUUGAUUAAAUUACACUCAGUCACUCUGUCAUCCAAUAGCAACCCUAUCGUUUACCACCGGGUGUUUUUACCUGUCCAUCGGGAUUUUUUGCUUGUGAUACAUUUGAUAAAAUAAAUGAACGUCGCAACUCUCAUUUGCAAUGGCCUUAUCGUAUCUGUUUACCCAUGCGAUUAUGGUGCGAUAAAGUGUUGAAUUGUCCGAUAAGUGGUUCGGAUGAGCAAAAUUGUUCAUCUACACCUCCUAUGAGCUUUCCACAUACAAAGUUUCAGAUUGAAAACGAAUAUCGAAUGCUAAAUGAUGUUUUAAAUCAAUUUGAGAAUACAAGUUUAUUAGAAUUUGUUGGUUAUCGGAAAAAAACUUCUAAACAACCGAUUACUAUGGUGCUGUCUGCAUACGUCAACACGUUUUGGUUAUCACUUAUACUAUUGAUUUCGAUAUUUAUUAUAUUUAUUAUAACUAUUUUAUUAUGUUUAUAUAAAUUAUUAAAACGCAAACGCGAAGCUGGUACAGUGAGAGUUACUGAAGUAAAGGAUUAUCCUACAAACUCUGAAAUCUGUAAUGAUCAUACAUUGAAAAAUAGUAUAAACAAUAAUCAUUAUUCAGAGAAUGCUUUCUCUGAAGAUCAAUUAAAUAAGGAAGAAACUUGUAAUGAUGAUUUUCAGAAUAAUAAUAGCAGUAAUGGUAGUGGUAAUAAUGAAUAUCAUAAAAUUUUACCAAGUGAUGUUAAUUACCUGAAUGGUUAUUUGAACUCACUGGGUAACCAAGAGAUAGCUCCACUCAUUAAUGUGACAGAAAAACAAUAG